AUGAUAAUCUUAAAACAUAAACUUCCUUGUACAGUCAGCACUGGCUGUAUCAUAUGUCCCAUAUCUCCAAUAAUUCCUUUGUCGCCAUUGUCUCCUUUGUCACCUUGGUCACCUUUCAAUCCCUUGUCUCCAACAAAAAAUGAUUUACCGAUUUCUUCUCCUUUGUCUCCUUUGUCACCUUUAUGACCUUUCAUUCCCUUUUCUCCAGUAUCGCCGGUGUGUCCUUUUUCUCCUUUUUCGCCUUUUUCUCCUGUUUCUCCAGUCAUCCCCUUCGCACCAUUUGAACCAUCUUUGCCAGCAUCACCUGUAUCCCCUAUGAAAAUAGAAUAA